CCGCUUUGAAUACAUCCUUGUCGGAUUUGAAUCUUUUUCGGCGCCUUUGAAUACUUGUUCGACCCCUAUGAAUACGUGUUUGUUUAUGUGGAAUACUUGCUGGAAGAUUUUGAAUUAUUAAUUACUGCCGAAUUGUGAUAUAUUUCUAUAUUUGUAGUUGAAUUAUUAGUCCACAAAAUAGUGGUAUUGAAAUAUAAUUAGAUCAGGGUAACAAGGUAAUUUGUAUUUCAUAUUCACAAAUCUAAUCAAACAAAAUCCAUAAUAAAAUCCAACAAGAAAACAAUAGACUUAUUUUACACCAUAAUACCACUAAAUCCAUAUAUCCAAUCUGUGAAGAAAACGACCUCUAAGUAUGGGGAAUUUUUCAUUUGACAAAUUCGGAUCUUACAACAUAACCAAACUAUCAUUUAGAAUGUUUUUCACUAUUUUGUUUGGUUUGUUGAUUGAUUUUCGUCUUCGCGAGAGAAAUCAAGGGGAAGGGUAUUGACAUGGAAGGAAGUUUGAACCUUCUCGAGAGGUCUCAAUCUUUAUCUGGACAUCUGCACUAUGCCAGGAGGACGUGGCAUAGACGUGGUAGGGAGGAGGUUGAUGAGACGGGAGAGCCUCAGGUUGUUCAGGAGGAAGAAACACAGGACCGGCCUCAGCUCCUGGAAGAGGAGGUUGAGCAACCUCGAGCUGACCGGAGGAGAGUUUCGAGGGCAUUGAUGACCCAUAUUGAGCAUGCGUUCCUCAAGGUUGUCUAAUUUAUUUUCCGAGAUCGUCUCCGAUAACUUGAGGGCAUGGAGAUCGGAGAGAAUGAGUGCCUCAACUGGCUUCUCUUUGCUAAGUUUUGAGUGGAUAAGCUAAUCGGUUCCAAGAUCAAGAAUCCAGUUCGACACAGAGUUUUGGAGAUUAACGUCGGGAUCUAUUGGGUUCUCACCCUCGAGUUUCUGAGAACACUAAGGGUGAGGAAGAUCCAGGGCACUACUAUUGAGUAGAGUCCUCGCAUAUACUCAGCAUGGGAAGCCAGGAGCGCGAGAUAACAAUGCGAGAGUUCACUUUUGCUUUCGACAUCUACCCUCCAGAGUUUGUGCAUGAUCCGAUCGACUUCACUUCACUGACUCCAGAGAGAUUGCCCUUUCCUUCUUAACUUCUAUGAUGAAGAGAUGCGACUAGCACACAUCAUGCACUGGGGUGUGAAGUUGUCCAAGGGGAGCAAAGUGUGACCCGAGUUCCGAUUGAUCCAGUACGUCAUUUCUCGAUUAAUAGGAGGGAAAUAUGAGAGCAAGGGAAAUCUCACUUGCAGAGAUAUCCUCUUCAUUUGGAGCAUGUAUGGGGACCAACAGCUCCACCUCGAGCUAUCCAUUCUGCAGAAUCUUCACAAGCAUGAUCCAGACCGAUGGUUGAUGGCUUUGCACGGAGGAGUCUACAUCACUAAGAUAGCUUGAUAGCUCGAUGUCGACUUGACAGCCACAAAAAAAUCCUUUUGAUACCUCCAUCACUCCUGUUACAUUCGACAGCCUGAAGACAUAUCUAAGGACACUAGAGCAGAACAAAGAGGGUGUCUGGUGAGUCCAAGGUACCACUAACACGGUAUUUCUAAAUAGAGUCUGACACUCACUCCCACGAGUAACAAGACAGAGAUCCCAGAGCUCACUUCAGCAACCUCUACAAGCCAGAGCUUUUAUCAAGGCCAGUCGAGCCAAGAACCGACUUCUUCCACAUAUGAGGACGCAGUCAUUAGAGCUCAGCUGGAUCAUUCUGAGAAACCAGAGGAGGGAGGGCGAGGUGAAGAACCAUCUCUCGACUACAACCAUGCCUUGAUGAGGAGGAUUAGCCUCAGUCAAAGUGUCGCCAACUGUCAUCUCAACUGGGUUACAUAACAAGUGGUAGGUUCUACCUCCUCUAAAUGGCUUAAAUUUGUCCGCACACAAGUCGAGUAGUUCGAUGGUCACACACCUAACCUACACGCAUCAAUUAGAUGAGAAUCUAACUAGAAGGGGAUGGUCACCUCGACCUCUAGCUAGCUUUCUUGGUCAAAUAAUCAUGGUAAGAAGCAUUCACACACAUCUAACCCUAAUUAGAAGCAUUAAGCACCCUAGUCAAACUCAAAUACACCAUAAACUCAUGUGUAAAGUAAUGGUAACUCCCCCAUUAUCUAGGUUGAGACUAAGGCAAAUGGGAUACAGAAAAUCCCACACUAAUUUAUGUCUAAGCAAUCUUGACCUAAGGGGAUUGAAUUAUCACCUAGGUUAAGAAUAAAUCUAUCACAAUCAAGUAAUAGUCUUAUGCACAAACAUCAAAUAAAUAUAGAUUAUAGGUUAAU